AUGUCUAGCCAACCACGAUUCAAUUGUGCAGUUGAAAGUGAUGACAGUCAAGAAGUUGUAAAUUUCGAAAAUACUCCAAGAAGGAAUGCGAGGCAAAGACACAAACCAAAACGGUAUGGUGAGUUUUUGGAACUGUCACCAAGGAAACGAAAAACCGUUGCCUAUGAUAGCUCAGAUGAAGAUUUUGAUGUUACAGAAUCUGUUCCAAAACCAAAAGCACUAUUCGGUAGUGACGAUGUGGAAGGGCAAGAUAUUUUCAAGUUCAAGUCACGUCAUACAAAACUGGAUCUUCACAAUAAAGUAAAGGAAGCCAUUGGAUCACCAGUCGUGUUAAACAGUCCUAAGACGCCCAAGAGAAAUAUACAUUUACUAAGCAAAGUUGAGGCUACUCCUAAGCAAGUUAAUAAUUUAUUAAAGAAGAGAAUAAUAAAAGAAGUUGACAGUGAAAGUGGAGAUAGUGACUUUUCUGGAAGCAGCAGUGAUUUUGUACCAGAUAAAAGCGAUGAAGAGAGUAAUGUUUCAUCAUCGAGUGAAGACGAGGUUGAAACUGCUGUUACACAACCCACCCCAACAGUAAGAAGUAGAAACACAAGAAUGAAACUGAAGGAUUCUGAAUACAUUGUUACACCAGAUAAUUAUUUUAUGAUGAACUCUAGCAAAAAGAUAACCACCUCAGAUCAUACUUUGGCAAGAUUGAAAAACAUGAAUUUAAAUGAAAGUAUGAAAGAAGCAGAUGUCCACAUAUCCAAAGAACAUGGGAUGAAAAUUGCAGAUCUAAUUCAAAGUUAUGCACAGCUAUUCGACCGGUGGCUCUAUGUCCUUAGUGAAAAUUUCAAUAUAAUUGUUUACGGUAUAGGUUCAAAAAGGUCUGUUUUACAUAAAUUUCAACAGGAAAAGCUGCAAAAUGUGCCUUGUGUAGUGAUUAAUGGGUACUUUCCAAGUUUAACAAUCAAGAGUGUCUUAGAAGCAAUUGUCAUUGAUCUAUUAGGAAAUUCUCAACUACCCACAAAUAUGAGUGACAUUGUAACUCUAAUAGAUAACCAAUUGAGAGAUAGCGAAACUGACUUGUUCCUAAUAAUACAUAAUAUGGAUGGAACUAUGUUACGGAAUAGCAAGGCGCAGUCGGUGUUAGCAAGUAUUUCCCAGUUGAAAAAUGUCCACACUAUAGCAUCAAUUGAUCAUAUCAAUGCUCCAUUAUUAUGGGACCAUUCAAAAUUGAGCAAAUUCAACUUCAGCUGGUGGGAUGUCACCACAUUCCUGCCAUACACAGAUGAAACGUCAUAUGAGAACUCUCUAAUGACCCAGAGAAGUGGUGCCUUACAGCUAUCUUCACUGAAGAGUGUGUAUCAAUCUCUCACAACGAACGCCAGGGGAAUAUUUAACGCCAUCAUCGAAUAUCAGCUGGAAAAUCAGAAACAAUCACACUAUCAAGGAUUACCAUUCAAGGACCUGUAUUCUAAGUCACGUGAACAGUUCCUCGUCAGUUCGGAACUAGCAUUAAGAGCGCAGCUCACCGAAUUUUUAGACCAUAAAUUAGUCAGAAUCAAACGAACCCUCGACGGCAGCGAGAAUCUUAUAAUUCCCAUAGAUAGCAUUUUGUUGCAACAAUUUCUAGAACAAAAUACAUAG